AGGAGAUUUCUGACCUCACGGAGCAGAUUGCUGAGGGAGGAAAGGCAAUUCAUGAGCUGGAGAAAGUCAAGAAGCAGAUUGAGCAAGAGAAAUCUGAACUGCAAGCCUCCCUGGAGGAAGCAGAGGCCUCCCUGGAGCAUGAAGAGGGGAAGAUCCUGCGCCUGCAGCUUGAGCUCAACCAGGUCAAAUCUGAGAUUGACAGGAAGAUAGCAGAGAAAGAUGAGGAGAUUGAUGGGCUUAAGAGAAACCACCUCCGAGUUGUGGAGUCCAUGCAAAGCACCCUGGAUGCUGAGAUCAGGAGCAGGAACGAAGCCCUGAGACUCAAGAAGAAGAUGGAGGGAGACCUGAAUGAAAUAGAGAUCCAACUGAGCCAUGCCAACCGCCAGGCUGCUGAGGCACAAAAGAACCUGAGGAACACACAGGGAGUGCUCAAGGACACCCAGAUCCAUCUGGACGAUGCUGUCAGGUCACAGGAGGACCUGAAGGAGCAGGUGGCCAUGGUGGAGCGCAGAGCAAACCUGCUGCAGGCUGAAAUUGAGGAGCUAAGGGCAGCCCUGGAGCAAACAGAGAGGUGUAGGAAAGUGGCUGAGCAGGAACUGAUGGAUGCCAGUGAGCGUGUGCAGCUCCUCCAUACCCAGAACACCAGUUUGAUCAACACCAAGAAGAAGCUGGAGACAGACAUUGCCCAGAUUCAGAGUGAAAUGGAGGACACGAUCCAGGAAGCUCGCAAUGCUGAAGACAAGGCCAAGAAAGCCAUCACAGAUGCUGCCAUGAUGGCAGAAGAGCUGAAGAAGGAGCAGGACACCAGUGCUCACCUGGAGAGGAUGAAGAAGAACCUGGACCAGACAGUGAAGGACCUGCAGCACCGUCUGGAUGAGGCUGAGCAGUUGGCACUGAAGGGAGGCAAGAAGCAAAUCCAGAAGCUGGAGGCCAGAGUGAGGGAGCUGGAAGGGGAGGUUGAUGCUGAGCAGAAACGCAGCGCUGAGGCCGUGAAGGGUGUGCGCAAGUACGAGCGGAGGGUGAAGGAGCUCACCUACCAGUCUGAGGAAGACAGGAAGAAUGUCCUCAGGCUGCAGGACCUGGUGGACAAGCUGCAGAUGAAGGUGAAAGCCUACAAGAGACAAGCUGAGGAGGCUGAGGAACUAUCCAAUGUCAACCUCACCAAGUUCCGCAAGAUCCAGCACGAGCUGGAGGAAGCUGAGGAGAGAGCUGACAUUGCAGAGUCACAGGUCAACAAGCUCCGAGCGAAGAGCCGAGAAAUUGGCAAGAAGACAGACAGUGAAGAGUAAAUGUCUCAGCGCUGUGAAGUGAGAGAAUUGCACAAAAUGUGACAUUCUAUCACUUUGAUUUUGUAAUCACUGCUUAGUCCUUUAGCCAUCUCUAGAUAAUUAAUGCCUAGACAAUAAACAUUUUAGAGCUUUUCCCAUUGAAAA